AAAAAAAACACCAACACUCCACCCCCGUGUUUUUUCACUUCCAUCAGAUUUUUCGCCAAUUCUUUUUCAGGUUGUUCCUUUGUGUUGUAUUGUAAAGUGAGAGUAGAUUAUAACUCGAUUCUUCCUUUUUCUAACGACUUUGAGGUAACAGCAGUAGUGGAUACUUGCUGUUGUAGUAGAUUGAUAUAUAUUUAACAUACAAAUUUUGAGCUUUUUGGCUUGAGAGAGAAUUUGAAAGAAGGUUAACUUACUUAACAUUUCUAGUGGGUUAUAAUAGGUGCCAACAAAUUAUUUCAUUGCAUUGAUCUCGGUUUUCAUCAUCAGUGAAUUUUGGUAUUUUUCAACUUCAUCAUCAAACAUCAUCACAUAAUGAAUACAAUUGAUACUAGCAAUAGUGGUACAACAGGAAUGACCAUGAUGAAGGUCUAUCCUGAUGAUUCUAUCAUUGCCACCAACCAUUCCGUCCUUUCUGUAAAUAAUUCAGCUGCUAAUAUGGCAGCCUCAGGUGGUCUAUCCUCACAAAAUCAAGCAGCAGCCAUCUUUUAUCAUAUUGUUGAUCACUUCUUUGGGGUCAAGGGUUCUAACAAUAGUCAUAUCUAUUCGUACACAUCGAAUGGAGCCACCAACGUUUAUAAUCUCUCCGUAGGUCCUCCUCAUUCAUUCCCUUUAUUUAUGGGAAGUAAUGAAGCAGCACCAUCAAUAUGGAGAAGAGUUGGUUGGACUUUAGAGGAUACAUUAUUUGUUCUCUUCUGUGCUCUUCUCUUGUAUGGUAUUAGAAGAAUACUCAACAGUGAGAGUGUGAAGGGUAUGAUUUUCAAAUUGAGAGAUUAUUCCGUUGGUUCAUCUGCUGCUGACGGCAACAAGGAAAAGAAGGAAGCUGUAGAUGCCUCCAAGCAAUUGAAAGAUGAACAACGUCUUAUGGAAAAUCUCUGGUUUUCAUUGUAUUAUAUUGCUUCGGCCGUCUUGGGAUUUUUGAUUUUGAAGGAGACUCCGUGGUUCUGGGACUUGUCACAUCUUGUUAUUGGCUACCCACAAGAACAAACUGGCUAUGAAAUUUCGCCAUUCGUAAGAAUGUACUUGUUAGUCGGAGCAGGUUUCUAUUUCCAAGCACUCUUUACAUUGCUCUUUGUCGAUGAGAGAAUGAAGGACUUUGUUGAAAUGUUGGUUCACCACCUUGUCACUAUUGUCCUUAUUGUUUGGUGUGUAAUUUCCUACUAUCACAGAAUUGGUACUUUGGUCUUGCUCUUGCACGAUGUUGUUGACGUCUUUCUCUAUAGUGCCAAAACACUCAAACUUUUCAAACAGGAAAAGAUUUGUGAAAUGUUAUUUGUUGGAUUUGUAGUAUCCUUCUUAAUUUUGAGAUUAGUAUAUUUGCCAUACCUCAUCAUUAACGCCUUGUUCUUUGUAACAAACAGUUGGGACUAUCCUCAAAGAUAUUACAUUUUCAGAUAUGUUGAAAAUGCUAACUCUCUUCUUGAAGUUACAAAUUAUGGAGGUUGCCUCUUCAAAUAUUGCAUUAGUAGUUUCUGGUCACUCAUCUCUCUUUUGGUUGUUCUUGUAUCCUUACACAUUUUCUGGUUCUCCAUGAUUAUGAAAAUUAUUAUCAACAAGGUUAGAGGAAAGGAAUUGAAUGAUAUUAGAGAAGACGAUGAAUAGAUGAAUUGUAUAUUAUCUGCAUCAAUUUGUACAUUAUAUAAUCAUUGAGCUGUGUCUAUUGUUUCGAAUUUCAUUUUCUUUUUGGAGAAUAAAUGUUCGAAUUUUGUUCCGAUGGUACAGCUCAAUUAGAGAAAUCUCAAACAAUUACUAACCUGGUUCCAUUAAAAAUAAUUUUGUUUAUUAA